ACCCAACACUUAUAAACACAACCAAAGACUCGCAUCUCUGCAACUCCUCUCCGUUCUUCAUAUACUUUGAUCUUCUUCUCCGUUCUUCAGAUACUUCGAUCUUCUUCUUCGUCUUCAUAUACUCUUCUUCAUGGGGAACUACAUCUCAUGCACUCUAGCCACGCCACUCAUCAAGAGCACCAAGGCAGCGCGUGUGAUCUUCCCCACCGGCGAAGUCAGGCAGUUCCGUGAACCCAUCAAGGCCGCCGAGCUCAUGCUGGAGUCUCCAAACACCUUCCUUGCCAACUCCAACUCUCUCCACAUCGGCCGCCGCUUCUCCGCCCUCGCCGCAGACGAGGAGCUCGACUUCGGCAGUGUCUACAUCAUGUUCCCGAUGCGGAGGCUCAGCUCCAUCGUCACCGCCGCCGACAUGACCAUCUUUUUCAUCGCUGCCAACUCCGCUGCCAAGCGGAUAUCCGGCGGGAAGCUCCGGAUCUUGCCCGAGGCUCAAGCAGUACUCCAAAACGUUAACGAGGAGGAGAAAAGUCAGAGCGGUGGCGGUGUAAGGGAAAGUGAAGGUCCGGCGAGGCUGAGCUUGGACGGAGUUGAGGGUUUGCAAGUGGCGGAGUUCCAGUAUAGAUUAGCUGCUUGCAGGUCAAGGAAGCCAUUGUUGGAAACCAUCAAAGAGGAGCCCAUUUUCUCCAGAUAGAUUAAUUUCAUCUUUUGAUGGUGGAAAUCGUUAAGAAUAGGCUUAAUUAAUUCUAGAGACCAAACCAUAUAUUUGAGGGUCUUCAUUAAUUUGUGUGAUAGAGUUACUCUAAUUGAUGAUACCUAUCAAACGCUUUUGUUAAGGAAGGAGAUAGAUUUGGUUUAAUUUUCUGACGACCAAUAUAUUACCACUUGUAAAAAAAUUCAGAUUCUCCAAAUAUAUAAGCACGUAACACGUUUGAUUAUUAUACCGUA